AUGUAUCCCGCGAGGGGGAGGGAAUUCAAGUUCUUUCCAGACUCGUUUAAAUGCCCGCUGUGCGGGACACCCAAGAGCGAGUUUUGGGAUCUAAAUGACCCAGAUGAUCCGAGGAAUCAGGAGGAGGAGGAGGAGGAGGCCGAUCAGGAUGAUGAUGGUGGCGUUGUGGUCGGGAAGGAUGAACCAUCAGAGGGGGGAGGGGGCGCUAACAUCGACCGCGCGGAGAGGGACUCGUCAUAAGUAGAUGUAAAGCACUACCGUGUGGGA